AUGUCGAACCUCAGUAAAUUGAACGUUUUAAUGUGUAAGCUGAUCAAUGGAGAGUACACCACUGGAUGGACUGGUUCUGGAGCCUCUACAUCCGACAAGAAGGUGGUUGGUCUUACGAUGUUCGAUCUUCGAAGGUUAGGCAAAAUCGGCAAGCUCGGAAUGGUCGGCGUUAAUGGUAGCAAAUUCCCCGCCAUACGCCAACACUUACAAGAGAAUAUCGAGAGUGUUUACAAAGAUAUGGACACCUCCUUUGAGGAGUAUCCAAAAGAGGGAAAUAUUGAUCCUGAGGCUUACAAGGAUGCCAUCAACAAAAUGUCUCCCGGAGAUGCUAUCAUCGUGUUUACCCCUGACAGCACUCACUACCCCAUUAGUCUGUACGCGAUGGAACGUGGCAUUCAUGUUCUCGUCACCAAGCCUGCAACCAAACUGUUAUCACAUCACAAUGAGCUUAUCGCAGCUGCGAGAAAGCACAACGUUGUCUGCUUUGUGGAGCAUCAUAAGCGCUUUGAUCCUGUGUAUAGCGAUGCCAAAGCCAGAGCACAGACACUUGGCGAAUUCAACUUCUUCAACGCAUGGAUGAGUCAGCCGAAGAGUCAGCUGGAAACCUUCCGUGCUUGGGCUGGCAAGGAUUCAGACAUCAGCUAUUAUCUCUCGUCUCAUCAUAUUGAUAUUUGCUGCUGGAUUCUCCAAGACAAAGCAGUACCCACGCGAGUUGUUGCCAGUGCAGCAACCGGUAUUGCUACGGGGGAGCCAUACAACUGUGUCCCUCAAACAGAGGACACUAUCACGCUCCUCGUUGACUGGCAGUCGAUCAAGAGUCCGGGACACAAGGGCACAGCAGUCUACACGGCAUCUUGGACCGCACCUUUGAAGGCGGGUAUUCACUCUGCCCAGCACUGGUAUUACAUGGGUUCGAAGGGUGACAUAAAUGUAGACCAAGCUCACCGUGGGUAUGAUAUCACCGUCGAUGAAACUGGGAAGACAUGGUAUAAUCCAUUCUAUAUGAAAUAUUCGCCGUCCGAGACCGGUCAUUUCGACGGACAACGGGGCUACGGGUAUAUUUCUAUCGAAAAGUUCAUCGAUGCCGCCCGAGAGGUCAACGCUGGCGUUGCAAAACCCUCCGAUUAUGAUGGUCACGGCUAUCCGACCAUUGCAAACACCGUGCUUACAACUGCCAUUCUCAACGCUGGCCGUAUCAGUCUGGAUGAGAAGAGAGCCGUUGGUAUCAAGAAGAGCGGAGACGAAUGGAUACUGCAAUAAGAGGUUUCAAACGCCUUCACAAUCUUACAUGCAACAACAGUUUUUUUACCCAAGUUGUAUUAUCCUCAAAAUCAUUGUAUUAGACCAACAUGUAUGAGGGAAGACCGAGUUCCGUGCCACUGCCGCGGAGGAAUAACACAUCAACGAUGUUGACCAUGUGCAACCUGACUUCAAUAAUGUAGGUAUCCACUCAUUCCCGCGCGCUGUGUCCACUCUUAUUUAAUGAACGUUCACUUGCCAUAAUGAUUUACAUAUUGUC